AUGAAGGCGCGGGAUGUUGUGUCAUUGUUAGUGCUUACCAUCAAGUGUGCGUCCAUCGUAUUUGCUCAGUCAGUAUAUGGAAUACAUCAGUUCGAAUGCCGCGUUGACGACCCUUUGUCCUGUGACCAAGCAAAGAACGAAGUGUGUACUUUUCGGGAUGGUCGCUACAGCUGUGAAUGUCCUCAGGGUGUUAGCCGGACAUCAAAUGGCCGAUGCAUUGUGGUCAACGAAUGCGCAGAUCCUCGUCUCAACGAGUGCCAUGAAAAAGCGAAAUGCAUUGAUCAAGUUCGGAAUUAUUCGGAUUUUUGCUUAAAAACCUUCAUCCCCACUAAGAAAAUUAGCCUUUUGCAAGCGUAG